AUGGCGUCGGAAUUUAUUGGGCUGCAGAUGAUGGUGACAGUGCGCGGUACGCCGCCCAUACAUCUCAAGGGAACCGUGAGUGCGGUCGAGGCUGGCUCCGGCUUGACGCUCAGUAAUGUCUGGGCACUCAAUACCCAAGAAUGGAAGCCCCGCUUCACGAUACCAUCCGAAGAUAUUCUCGAUUUGUCCGAAGUCACCCCGAACUCGGUGGCCGCCCCGUCACGCCCGACCCCAACGACCGCCCCCGUCUAUGCCCCGGCGCCCGCUCCUCAAACCGCACAACCACCGAAGCCGGAAUUUGUGGACCCCGCUAUUGUGGCCAUCAGCAAGCCCCCUACCACCACUGCUACUACGUCGUCGACAAGCCGCGCGCCGGAACCACACCAGCUACCUAACACGAGCGAGAAGCGCGAUCCGGGCCGUGUAGCUAUCCCCGCGGUACAGGUCGCGAGUACAUCACGGGAAGCCACGCCUACGAAGGUGGUCACGGAGUCUCUUCAGGGGCUGAAGGUUGAAGUGCCGCUCGCUGCUACAGUUGAGUCUGUCGAGGAGGAGGCUGCAGAGGCUGUCUUAGGUCACGAGGAGGUGGCGGGCCGGAAGAAAAAAUCUCGACGGCAGCGGAAAACAGGCAACACGAAAGCGGUAUCUCGGGAAGACUACGAGGCGUCGCCCGGGCCCUCAACAGGGGCUUCUGGGAGAGGGAAGGGAUGGAGGCAAACGCCGAUACUGCAGAGCACGGCUUCGUUCCAGCCGUUCAACUCACUCAAGCGAACUCGCAAGGGCCGGCCGACGGCUGACAACGGAUGGGCUUCUGAGGAUGUUACUGACGUCCAGGAGAUGGGCGAGUUCGACUUUGAAGGGAGCCUGGCCAAGUUUGACAAGCACAACUUGUUUGAGCAGAUGAGAAAGGACGACCUGGUAGACGAAGGCGAUCGACUGGUGUCGCAUAACAGAGUUCCUCGUGCAAAGCCGGGCACCGCCGGGGGCAAGAACUUGCAUUACUCCGAGAACGUGCUGGAUGCAACACAGGUCGUUUCGAAGGCGCCAAAGGAGAGGCCAGCAUCCAAGGAGACCCCAAAUGACUUUUGGAAUAGCGAAGCCGACGACGGACUACCGCACAACGAGCAGCGGCUGAGUGGGCGGGAUCAGGGCAUUGGUAGCCGACAGGGCUCGCGCCGUGGUGAGGGUAAGGGCGCAGGAGGUCGGCGGUCGCAGUCGCGCAAGGCGCAGGACAUGGCUAGGACGAGUUCCAACCAGACCAGAGUCAACUCUGGGCUCCCAACGGCCACUGUGUCCCAGAGCCUUCACCUGUUGCCGUCAAACCGCCGCAUCGAGACCGUGUCGGCACUGCAGAUGGUGAAUCUGGAAAGCAUUGCCCAACAUGAGAUCGGCCUGACCGACGAGAUGAUGACCGAGAACGCCGGUCGGGGCAUUGCCGAGGUGACAUUAGCCGCGCUCACGGAUCCGGCCAUCAAGGUCCGCCACGCUGGCUCCGUUGAUCCUAACACGGGCCGCGCGCCACCGUUGACAGUCGUCAUCCUCGCGGGCAACAACAAGUCAGGCAGUCGUGCCAUAACCGCCGCGCGACACCUCCGUAACAAGGGUAUCAACGUGCUGCUGUGCCUCGUCGGGUUCGAGGACGACGAGCGGCACCUAUUCGAGGACGUACAGCAGCAGGUGCGCCUCUACCGUAACCUUGGCGGCCGUGUGUUUGCCAAAAACGACUUGUUCGAGCACAUCCGGAAAAUCAGCAUCCCAAUGCUGACCAUCGACACCCCACGCGCUUCGCUAAGCUCACUCACCAACCCAGCGCCCGUCAUGCUCAUUGUGGACGCCCUGUUGGGCUUGGCGAUUCCGUUUGAAGAGCUACGUGGUAGGGAUCAAGCGACAGUAUAUGAGCUAAUUGAAUGGGCAAACCGUAACGAGGCAUUUGUCAUGGCGGUGGAUGUUCCCUCAGGCGUGGACCCGACAUCCGGGAAAAUCAGCGUCGUGGACGGGAAUCGGCUGUACGUCAAGCCACGGUAUGUCGUUGCCGUGGGUGCGCCAAAGAGAGGCUUGCUUGAGGCGAUGAUAGCUGCAGACAACUAUAAUGACGAGGCCGCGGCUGGCGGGAACGCGGUGCCCGUGCCAGAUGAUGCGGCACUCGAGUGGAAGCUGUAUCUGGUGGAUAUGGGGCUUGGGCAAGCGGUGUGGAAGAAGGCGGGGACGAAGAUGAGAAAGGGGGUAGAUUUUGAUGGGCGAUGGGUGUUGGAGAUGAGGUUUCGGGGGAUUACAAAUGGGGAAGGGGAUAAGUAA